UGGCUCUCUUGCAGCCACAGCACCCCCUGCUGCCUCACAAACAAAGUGAUGUUUUCUCUCUGAGCUAAUGAUAAAAGCGCUCCUGCAGCAUUGGCACUGAUCCCUGCCAAUGAGUCAGCGUCCUAGCAGAUCUGCAGUUUCGUGGUUUAUUUGCUAAACUGGAUCAAAACGAGGAUGGAUUCAUAUCAGUGUCUGAGCUGCAUGAUGAAAUGAGGAAGCAUGGGAUCCUCUCAGCCGAUGGAAAGGUCCAGAAUAUCAUUGAUUCUUAUGACACAAACAAAGAUGGCCUGUUGGAUUAUAAAGAGUUCCUCAGCUACAUGAUGGACAGAGAGAGGAAAUGGAAAAUAUACUUUCAUGACCUUGACAAGAACAAGUGUGGGGUGAUUGACCAGGAGGACAUCAUAUGUUUGUUUCAGGAGUUAGGAGUGGUCAUAUCAAAGCCGAAUGCAAAAAAAAUAAUUCAAAUGAUGGACAAGGACAGCUCGAUGACGGUGGACUGGGGUGAGUUCCUGCACCAUGUCAUCCUCAACCCUGUGGACAACAUCGGGGAGCUGGUGUCGUCAUGGAAACACAGUCUGGUCUUCGAUGUGGGUGAGAGUCGUGCGAUGCCCAUCGAGUUCCCCGACGAGGCGUCUGGUUUUGGUGCGUGGAGGACGUUUGUUCUCUCAGCGGGUCUGGCAGAUGCUGUAUCUCGAACUGUGACAGCACCCAUCGACCGCCUUAAGACCCAACUCCAGGUUCACGGAUCCAAAGCCUUCUCUCAGGGCUUUCAGGAAAUGAAAACGGGCGGUCUGCGGUCGAUGUGGCAAGGCAACGCCGUCAACGUGCUGAAAGGAACACCGCAGUCAACGCUACAGUGUCUCAUCUACGCCCAGAUGAAGGUGUACACCCAGAACAGCACGCAGCAGACUCUGACGGUGCAGCAGCGUUUCGGCCUGGGUUGUGUGUCCGGUGCCGUCGCUCACGCUGCCUUCUACCCUUUAGAGGUGCUGAAGGUGAGGUUGAACCUACAGCAAGCUGGCACCUACCAUGGUGUUGUUGCAGGCGCCCGAUCUAUUUACAGACACGAGUCGCUGUCCUCCUUUUACAGAGGAUUCAAGCCGAGCAUCCUCUGCAUGAUCCCCUACGCAGGUGUGGAGUGUGCAGUUCAUCAGUCGAUCAUGAACUGGGCAAAAAACGAUCCAGCCUACAACAGCGACUCCAAACUGUUUUUCUUCAGUUUUGUGGCCUUUGCUUCUGGACAAAUCACCAGUUACCCGCUGGCAGUGAUCCGGACUCAGCAGCAAGCACAAGCUUUCAGCCCAGAUUCCCGUCAAGCUUCAGGUGUAUUACAGGGACUUAAAGGGAUAUAUGAGAGAGGUGGAAUUAGAGGAUAUUAUAAUGGAAUGGGAGCCAGCUUCGUCAGGGCUAUUCCCUGUGUUCUGAUAAACCACACUUUAACUAGAAAAUUUGAAGAUCUGGUUUCUUGAGAUUUAGCAAAGAGACUGUGAACUCUUAUUAAUGUUAACUGAGUGUCCAAAAUAAGUGGGAAAAAUGCCUGGAGACAUGCAUUAUCAAGUGAUUCAGUUUUUAAUACCUCUGUAGCUUUUUUUUAAAGCUUGAUUUAUGUGAAUGGUUUACGACUGACCAAGAGCAUGAGACAUGGUGACGUUUUUAAAUACAGCACUUACUCAUGGUUGACAUUAAACUGUGUCAAAGUGUAAUAAUUCCCCACUUCAGACUGGGCUGUGUAAAUGUGUUGAAGUGUGCAAUAAAAUGUUAUUUCAUAA